AUGGGAAUUUACAAUGACGAGCUCACUGUUUUUUCAACUCACUAGUUAGAUAGUUUCAUUAGACUUAUUUACUAAAAUACAAAUUAUUUCUAUGAGGAUUAUAUGGAACGUAAGCAAGGAGUAUUUUUUGAAAGCCUUUAUAUAAAUCACAUAAGCAAAUGUUCAAAAAAUGAUGCACAAAAUCUCUGUUUUUGUUCAUAAUUUACUCAAGAUAGCCACUCUCCAAAUGUAAAAGAUAUUUUGGGCUAAGACUUCAGAAAAUAAUUUAUGAUAAAUUAAAUUAUUAAUUUAUACAAGAAUUAUUUGAAUAAAGCUGAUUUUUUUCAGAAAAAGAAUAUUCUCUUCUCAUACUUAAGCUUUUUAAUAGAACAGACAAGGAAUCUUAAAAAUAUAGCUAUAGAAGAUUUAAGAGUCAUUUAAAAUUAACUUUACGCUCUUAAUUCUAAAGACUCUGUUUUAAUCAACCUUUCACAAAUAUUUUAGAUUUGUUUGGAUUUCUACAAUACUUCUAAUUUAAAUGUGAAAUCAAAGAAAAAACUAAGACAAACUUUAAAUUUUGAUUUAGAAGAUGUUUUUUCUCCUUAGUACUGCUCAAUUUACUUUAGUCUAAUUAGCCAAUUCGUUGAAAUUAAAAGAACUUCAACGAAUUUCUAACAAAUAUUUUAAAUAGAUUAAGCCAGUGUUUUAGGAAAAUAAAUCUCUGAGUUACUUCCAAAAAUUUUACAUGAAGUACACGAAUUGACAAUUAGUGAAUAUAUCAAUUUAGGAAAUAAGGAUUCAUUGAUCAGUACAGAUUAGAGAUUUGCAUUUGCUUUGAAUGGAAAAGGUUUCAUAUUUCCAAUCAGUAUAAGAAUAAAAACAGAAAAAUUUUUAGAUGAUUUUGGAGUUACAGCUCUAAUCAAAAAAGGAAGUGACCUAAAGAUAGUUAAAGGAUCAGCUACUUUUUAACUUUAUUCCCUUAAUUCUUGUAAUUAUGAAUGA